UAUGUAAAUUACAGCCAAUAGAUGCUGUUGUUGAGUUGGGCUGGGAUUAGCGGAGGCGAAUGACUUUCAAUUUUACUGGAUUACAGAACAAAGGGGAAAGGGGACAUACUCCACUGUUAAAGAAAAGAGAGAGAAACGGGGAAAAUGGACAAAUAAUCUCGGCGAUAACAUUUUGCAAUCGAUUUUGUGCCAUAAUGCUUCAGAUCACAAGGUUUCGAAAACACGAUAAUGCUACAUUUUAGAUGGGAAUUCUACAGUUGCGGUUGGAUUAAACGGGGAAUAACCUUAUUACGGGAUUGACAGCAUAACGACAUUUAAACGUUGUUUUUGGUAAGUGGAGGAAUGGCGCAGAUGAGGAAGUCAGGAUGUGAUGGGAUAAGAACUAACUCCCGGGCUGAGCUGCGGGUCCCACAGGUGUCAGCCAGACAGGAGAUCCUCACCAGCCUAGUGUCUGCGUUGGACUCAGUGUGCACAGCCAUGUCAAAGCUCAACGCCGAGGUAGCUUGCAUCACCGUGCACGAGGACAGCGUGAUCACCGUGGGAACAGAGAAGGGAAGAGUCUUCCUCAACUCACGGAGGGAAAUACAAACAGACUUCCACAAGUUUUGCAAGAUGCCCUGUCUACAAGGGCUGACCACAGUGAAUGCCCAUGUCAAUGUCCAGGAAAAUGAAUCAUGCAAGCUUGGCAAAGAGGGCGGGCACGGCAAACAGAGGGCCUCAACAGACGCCCACUCUAACAUCUUUGUCUUGAGAAAAAUGGUGGAAGAAGUAUUCAGUGUGCUUUACAGCGAAGCCGUUGGGAAGAGUAGCCUGGUCCCUGUGCCUUAUGAGUGGAUCCUGAAGGACCCCAGCUCUGUGGUGGCCCACGGCCUGCCUGAGGGGAUCGCCCUGAGGAAACCUGCCGAGUACGACACCAAGACCUUAAUGAAGAUCCUUGAGCAGAGCAACCGCAUCCACUUCACUGUCAAAAGAACAACAGCAGAGCCCUCGCGGGAGGCUAAGUCAAGCGCCGGCGACGUCAGAAACCACAACUCCUCCUCGGGCGCCAUCAAGAGCCUAGCUAUCCAUGGCCCGGCCUCCAAGCCUGCCACCGCCGCCCAGGAAGUGUCCAACGCUUCAGUCUCAGCCAGCAACUCCAUGCUCUCCAGCUUCCUGUAUGGCAUGCCCAUGUCCUCCCAGCCACACCCCGAUGGCAAGCUGGACCUCAAGCCCACAUCCCUCUUCAACCUGGGUAAAGACCGCCUGGGGGCCUGGGCGGCGGGGGCGGAGAAAGGGACGGCUGCCAAGGACAGUUCCGACAAUGGUGAGUGGAUAGGACUCCAAGGGGAGUUGGGCCAGACUCCUCCCAGCAUCCACGUCUCCAAACGCCUCCUGUUUUCCAUAGUUCAUGAGAAGUCAGAAAAAUGGGACUCGUUCAUUCGAGAGACUGAGGACAUAAACACACUGAGAGAAUGUGUGCAGAUCCUGUUCAACAGUCGCUAUGCGGAGGCCCUGGGCUUGGACCACAUGGUUCCAGUGCCGUACCGGAAGAUAGCCUGUGACCCAGAGGCCGUGGAGAUCAUCGGCAUCCCAGACAACAUCCCCUUCAAAAGGCCCUGCACCUACGGAGUGCCCAAACUCAAACGCAUCCUGGAGGAACGCCAUGGGGUCCGCUUUGUAGUCAAAAGAAUGUUUGACGAAAGGAUUUUCACAGCUGCUGGUAAGGUGGCCAAGGAAGAGGGCAAGCAUGACAUAGGCUCCACGUCCGAGGACGGUUUCCCUGACAACCUCCGGGUCCCGUUGGCUGCACUGGAGCUGGUCACCAAUCCUCACAGCAGCAGAUCUACAAGCUCUUGUGUGAGUCCAUUGGCUGACUUCGAAGCAGGGCCUUCGGGAGAUUGUAUUCCCUUGAAAAAGAUUAAAACGGAGCCCCCAGAUGGGGAAAUCAUCCAGGUGACUGUACCAGAUGCCAGUGUUUCAGUGGAGGAGCCGAAUGAGUCUCAUGCUGACCCGGCUGCAGCAGCAGUGGUGGUGGUGGCCACCCCAGCCCAGGCUGCUUCUUGCCACUCUCUGGAAACCCACGCAGCACUGUCACCUAAACCAGCUUCGCAAGGCCUCAGAAGAUCAUCUGAAGGAAAUAUCGCUGAGGACAUAGGUGAAAUGAUCCUCCAGCUUCGGAGGCAGGUGGAAAGCAUAUUCAGCACUAAGUACGCCGAGGCGCUUGGACUACUUGAACCUGCGAAGGUGCCCUACUCCAAGUUUCAGAUGUACCCUGAGGAGCUGUGUGUCACAGGGCUACCGGAGGGUGUGGCUUUCCGCAGACCCAACUGUUUCGGAGCGGCCAAGCUGCGCAAGAUCCUGGCCGUUGGCAGUCAGAUUCAGUUUGUCAUCAAAAGGCCAGAACUUUUAACGGAUCAAGUCAAGCUAGAGACGCCUCCUUUCCCGGCCUGUGAUUCAGACCUCGACUCCAAAGAUGCUUUGACAGAAGAUGCAGGGGCCGAUUCGAAGAGACCAGGCUUCUCAGAUAGCUUAGAGGCCAAGCUGUCCAGGAUCGACCUUGCCAACACCCUGAGAGAGCAGGUCCAGGACCUGUUCAACAGGAAGUAUGGGGAGGCACUUGGCAUAAAAUACCCGGUCCAGGUACCUUACAAGAGGAUCAAGAGCAACCCGGGCUCGGUGAUCAUCGAGGGCCUGCCCCCUGGCAUCCCUUUCAGGAAACCAUGUACCUUUGGCUCGCAAAACCUGGAGAGGAUCUUGGCGGUGGCUGACAAGAUCUGCUUCACCAUCACCAGACCUUUCCAAGGACUCAUCCCUAAACCAGCACCUCGUCGGAUCACUUUAUUGAAGAAGGCCUACGCCUCAAUAAGUGAUGACGAGGAGGUCAACCGCAUGGGGGAGAAAGUGAUCCUCCGUGAGCAAGUGAAAGAACUCUUCAACCAGAAAUAUGGUGACGCUCUGGGCCUGGACCGCUCCGUCAUAGUCCCAUACAAGCUGAUCCGUGCCAGUCCCGACUCUGUUGAAGUUAUUGGCCUUCCGGAUGAUAUUCCCUUCCGAAAUCCCAACACUUACGACAUAGUCCGCCUGGAAAAGAUCCUUCAAGGCCGAGAUGAUAUCACCAUCAACAUCAAGAGCCAGCUACAGCCUUUUGCGGAAAUAUGCACCCAAACAUGUAACACAGAAGGGAAAGAGGUUUCUACCAAUCGACGCAAGCGCAAAAGAGUCCUGGAGAGCAGCCGAGUGUCCUUACCCUCUGAGUCAGGGGUAUCAACCAAUCAGAUUCCAGUGAUGCAAUGGCCCAUGUACAUGGUGGACUACAGUGGAGUGAAUGGGCAAGUCCCUGGGAAGGUGAAAUACUAGAAGAGAAGAAAACAGAUACUCUGCUACAGGAAGAGGAUAUAAUGAGAGGACUUUAUCAAACCAAUACUUAUAAUCGUAUUGCCAAGUUUCAGCUUUCCCCGAGUGCUAUUGCUUAAAAACUUUACUGACUGAAAAUAUAGGUUUGGAUAUGUUUUUAAAUGGUGGCUUGGGUGGAAAUGUGAGGAGGAACAAUUGAAUCUGUGCAUAAUUUGUUACAAGAUAAGUGCUUUCUUUCAUUUUGUUUCCUUCAAUGAUUUAUAUACACUAGAUGACAGGCAGGGAGUGCUGCUUUGAAGCCACUGCGCCUCCAUUUUAUUACUCCUCCACCGUUGUAAAAAAUAUUUUGGAAGCUAUAUAAAUGCAUUUAUUAAUGUCUGCAUUCAUUCUAGCCAUGUUUAUUCUAUUAUAGACAACUUAAUGCAUACUUUUAAAUUAUAUUAUGUGCGCUAAACAAAAUACAGAAAGACAUUGUUACUGUCCCCACUACAACAACAAAAUAAAUACUUAAAUACAUGUAAUUUUGUCCUUGCAACAUUUUAAUUUAAAUACUGAAUACCAGUGAAGGACUGCUUCUUCUGAGGAGUGCCAAUAUGGCCGAUUUGUGGCUUCAAAGCCUCUCAUUGGCCAAUACAUAGCAUCAGAAAUCUAGUGUUUAUAUACAGUUGUUAUCCCUACAAGCACUGAUGGUAUUUUCUUGAUACACCUUUUUCAAAAUGCUCUACAAAAGAAAAGUGAUUCCAACCGACUGGGGUUAUGUUAUGGCACUAAGCUUAUGGAAUUUACAAUCAUUGAAGUAUUCACCAUUUUAGGUUAUUUUUGUCUGAUCUAUCAUAAACUUUUGUUAUGGGGUGUAACUACAGCACAAAUGUCUUGGAUCAAUCUGGCUUUACAACAUUCAGAUAUUUGUUUGUAUGAUUUAUUUAUUUAUUUAUUUUGAAGAUUAAAAACAAACAUCAUGUGCAGGGAUGUAAAUUACAAUGUUCAGUAAUCUAAGUACUGAAUCAAAUGUCUCUACAACACUACUACUGUAUGUAACUCAAAGUAUAUCAACUGAAAUAUGUUCACCUUCAGGUGUGCGUACCGGUAUACUCCGUGGUAGGAAUAACCCAAGGUGAUAGCACUAUAUCUAAGACAAAUUUUCAUAUUUUGUAAAACUCCUCAUGGCUUUUCUUUAGCUGAGUACUUGUACGUGGAGUUGAGAUUUUCUCAGCUAGGCUUUUAUGUUUGUAGCACAUCUGUGCUAAGUAAAAAAUAUCUUAAAGUCAACAUGAAUGUAACGUGUGUUAAAGAAAGAAUGGUCUGUGUUAUCCUGUAACAGCUAUCUCUGAUUCACCAGUAUUUAUAUGCUGUACCUUAAUGCCAUUUAGGCCUUUGAAAUAAAAUGUGUUGCCUUGCACUUUUA